GCAGCGAUGAGCGACGACAGGAGCGAGGAUGAACCGAUCAUGGACUUUAAUUGGUACAGCAACUGGGAGCAGCAGUGCGUCGAGGCGCUCGAGUCCGAGCCCGAUUACGAGAAUCAGCUGCACAACGAGAAGGAGCUCUACUCGCAGCAGAUGUGGACAAAGUUCCAGACUACCGCGUCGGCCAUCGCCCAGUUAUACAAAGACCGCACAUUGGGUGUCUCGCUAUGGGUGCCGUUUCAGACGGCCGCUGGUACCGUCACAUCAUUGUACAAAGAUUCAGUGGACUGUAUGAGGCGAUGCAGCGAUUUGGGAGUGGAAAUGGGCAAGCAGAAACGUUGUAAAGAAAUAAUGAAUUGGGCUAGGAAAAAAAGACGUAUGAUUCGCAGAGAAGAUCUUCUUGCAUAUCUCGCUGGAAAACCACCUCCACCUCGUUCGCAUCCACACAGAAGUUCACCUAAACCACGUAUGAUGGUGUGCGGUUCUCCGUCGUCACAAAGUCAAACGCCGAGUAUGGUGAUUGCUCCCGCACCGACAACAGGCACUGAUCCAGAUCCUGAGUUGCACACAUUUAGAGAAGCAUUGUCGGGUUCUCCAGUGUCUCGACGUGGCGGAAGACAAGCCGAAUUGUCAGCCUUUAUUAGCAACGAAUUGGCUCGGCAUCAUAAACGGCCUGCUUCGCAUGACGUGGAUAUGGGAUCACCCACGCACAAACGUAUGCGUACUACACUGUAACGGCGCGCGACGCGUACAGUAGCUUUACUCCCUUGUUCCCCUGUUAAUUAAUCGACCCGAUUAAUGACUAAUAGCUCAGCUCCCCUACAUAACUUCUGGUUAUGUGUAACUAUUUGAGGGAAACGGUAGUGGUUCAUACUGCCAGAUAAGCACGUUCGUAUGUGUCUCCGGUAGCUUUUACUGUCGAUUUCGAUUUAUAUAUAACAUU